AUGUCUUUCAAAGAUAGAAAAGAUGAUGGGGACUCAGUUGACGUCCAACAUAUAGAUGUAUUACCAGAUGGCCAAACAAGGAACGCAAUCAACACUUGUCUGAUCGUCACUUGCACAGUGGUUGGUGCUGCGUCGUUCCUGUUUGGCUUCGACGACAAAAUCAUCUCCCCAGUUGCUGCAUUGCCAGCCUUUGUAAUGAAGUUUCAAGGGCUCAACUCGGCCAGUGGCGCGUACGUCCUCACAGCUCGCAAUCAAAAUCUGGUGUUUUCCCUUCCGCUUGUUGGUUCUGUGACCGGCGGUCUCCUUGCCUCGCCCUUGAACUUCCGCUUUGGCCGCAAAUGGCCUUUGCUUCUUGCCUACGUGACCUCUAUUGGGGGCGGAUUGCUUCAAGUCUUUGCUCCAAACUUAGCAUGCUUUGUUGGCGGACGUUCAAUCAACGGAGUGGCGUUGGGGCUUGCGAAUGCUACCUACCCCUUGUAUAUCUCUGAGGUGGUCCCUUCAGCUAUACGAGGAAGAGCCGUCAGCGCAGCCAACAUUCUAAACCUCGCAGCCGGGGUGGUUGGUACCGUUGUGGUCUUCGGGACCGAGAAGAUCAAUGGGCCCUUAGCCUUCCAGAUCCCACUUGCUGUUCAAUGUGCUUUGCCAGUCAUUCUCUUCUUUCUGACAACUCUGCUUCCUGAAAGUCCACAAUGGCUUGCUGGCAAAGGUGAUAUGGAACGAGCACGACGCAAUUUGCGCAAAUUACGAGGCUGCAGCGAUGAAGCAGUGGAUAAUGAGCUUCGCGUAAUGACGAUUUCUUAUCAAAACGAGCAAGAAUUGCAAUCUCAGGCCAAGUUCUGGCACAUCUUCCAGCCUCAACAUCUUGGAAGAACUCUGACCGCAGGGUCCUUUUUCUCCUUGAACCAAAUAUCAGGCAUCAUUUUGUCGACAACGUACACAACAGUCUUUCUGACGGAGCUGGGAAUUGGAAACCCAUUCUCCUUGACAAUCAUCGCCUCCUGCUGUACACUUGCCGGGACUAUUGCAGCUCCUUUCGUUAUUGACCGUGCCGGCCGGCGUCCGACUGCAUUUGUUGGAAUGGCAAUUCUGUUCGUCAUAGACGCCGUGGCCGGUGGCCUAGCCUUUAUUCAAGGAAACAGCCAAGCUACCAUGGCCAUUGCUGCGUUAUCCUUCAUUUUCAAUUUCUUCUGGGCAUCUUCAUUCUACUCGUUGUCAAAUCUGAUGCCUUCCGAGAUGGCCACUCCCAAGCUACGUCAUCAUACCAUGUCUUAUACAGUCGCCUGUGCACAAACCACAGCGGUGAUUACCACGUUGGUUGUCCCACAGCUCACAUCAGCGGAUGCUGCAAACCUUGGGGCGAAGACAUACCUCGUUUUUGCAGGUUGCAUGGCUGGUAUAAUAGUGUUUUUCUUUUUCUCACUCCCAGAAACACGAGGUCGGACUUUCGCUGAGAUUGAUGAGAUGUAUGCGGCUAAGAUACCUAUGUGGAAGUGGAGGUCGUAUGAAACCUCGCUGGAGCUGAGGCAACGUGUCUCUAAGGGCGACUGCAAUGAGUAAAGUAUCUGGCAAUCUAUCAAGGAAGGAGCGAGUAGGGUAUCCAUGAUAUUAGGCAAUGACUGAGACUAUCUACC